ACAUCAACUACAACCACACCUACUAUAACCACACCUACAACAACGACACUUACAACAAUCAUACCUACAACAACUACGCCUUUUGUUAUCCAACCAACCACACUUACUCCUGGUAGCUCUGUUAUUUCAGCAGAACAAAUAGUUAUUGCAGUAAAUUUGACGGUCGUUGUGGAGAUUGCGUUUGACAAAGACUUGACGGACAAAUCAUCUCCUCUUUAUCGAACUUAUAGCGAGUCAUUCCGUAACAUGAUUUAUACCAAGUACAAAGACACAGAUGGGUUUGAGAGUGUGACUAUCAUCGGGUUUACGAAAGGUUGCGUUGAAUGUAACUAUAGACUAAGAAUUGCUGCUGGUAAGUCGAUAAACUCAACCCUGCAAUCCGUCAGGAAUAAUGCAUGGGACAACGAGACAUUGGAACUGCCUGGUAACGAAAUAGUCAACAUUAAUCGGUCAAAGACAGACAGGAAAUGGAUGACAUAUUUACAAAUAGCGGAAAACUCAAGUGUGUGUGAAUUACAAGAUAACUGCAAUAGAUACCAAAUUUGCAAAGAAAAUGAUAACUUGAAUUACCCUUUCAAUUGUAAUUCGAAAUGCACGUACGAUGAAUGUGGUGACUACGGAUAUUGCUUACUUCAUCCGUCAGGGAACACAAGGUGCAUAUGCCUCCCAGACACCGUAUUCGAGCAUUACAGUGAUAGCUGCUUAAAGUCUAGUGACCUCACAAACAUUCUGGCAGUUACCGCAGGGUUAGGAGGAGCAGUGAUCAUCGUCAUAAUAGUCGUCAUCGUAUGUGUAUGCAAGAAAAGAAGGACAACAAAGAAAACCCAUAGUAAUACAAGACAUAACCGAGUUUAUGGCAGUGCAAUCAGUAUGCCAACAAGAAUGGAGAACUUGAGGGCAAAUAGGGCGUACAAUAUUAGAGAGAGAGCUGACCGGGGACCACCAAGACGGGAACACAUGGUGGGGAGUUCCGAAAAUGAACGCCCGGCAGCCUAUUAUAACGGCUGGGAAAGUAUCAGUGACCAACCAGCUGCACCGCCUCGGAUGUAUUUGCCAAUGGAAAUAUGGGACUCGCCACGUGACUACCACACCUCAGCGGCGAUUGAGCAAAGAAGACCCCAGUACGUUGAGCCCGGUGAUGCAUACAGGUUAUUAGACACAGAAAAUCAGCUUUAUAUCCGACGCCCAAGGUUGUCAACACAACACAGCGACAUGUUUGGGUACCGGGAACGGUUCGUUUAAGAUUUAUUAAGUGAGGAUGACAUUUAUACGCGUAUUUAACAAUAUAACAUUCCUUGCUUUGCGAAUCUUUUAAACUGUGACAUUAUUGAUGAAUUCUCAUAGAAAAGUUUCUUCAUGAUUUUCUGUGGUCAGGCGUGUGAACAUUUUAGACACACUAUAAUUAACAGGUUAGCUAUUUAGAUAAUAAGAUGAAUAUAAAGCUCAUUAAUUUUGUCUGUGAUAUACAAACGAUGGUCUAAAGACGAGGACAACAGGUGUGCGACUUCGGUCAGCUUGCCAAUGGAAGUUCCACUGCAGCACUCGUUGUAUGGAAUAUAUGUGAACGGCACUGCAGCACUGCAAUGAAUGGAAUAUAUGUGAACGGCACUGCAGCACUGCAUUGUAUGGAAUAUAUGUGAACGGCACUGCAGCACAGCAAUGUAUGGAAUAUAUGUGAACGGCAAUGCAGCACUGCAAUGUAUGGAAUAUAUGUGAAUGGCACUGCAGCACUGCAAUGUAUGGAAUAUAUGUGAACGGCAGUGCGGCACUGCAUUGUAUGGAAUAUAUGUGAACGGCAGUGCAGCACUGCAUUGUAUGGAAUAUAUGUGAACGGCACUGCAGCACUGCAAUGUAUGGAAUAUAUGUGAACGGCACUGCAGCACAGCAAUGUAUGGAAUAUAUGUGAACGGCAAUGGAGCACUGCAAUGUAUGGAAUAUAUGUGAACGGCACUGCAGCACUGCAAUGUAUGGAAUAUAUGUGAACGGCAGUGCAGCACUGCAUUGUAUGGAAUAUAUGUGAACGGCACUGCAGCACUGCAAUAUAUAAAAUGUAUGUGAACGGCUGGCUUAUCGGCUAUCAUUUAAAUGGUAAAUUCGGAUAUAUCUCGCCUGCUGGACAGGAGAACAGGAACUAGAGAUAGAGAAGCUGACUUGAUGGAACUGUA